UUUAUUUAUGACAUUUUCAUAGCUAACUCUCAUUUGCGUUGCGACUAACAAUCAUUUCAUUGACAGUUGGCUGCUUACACACAGGUAAAUUUUAGCUAUAAGCAGAUUCUUCAAAAGGCACUGAAAUAUGUUUUGCGAGGGAAUUUGUCAGAUUUUUGUGCUGUUGGUAGUGGUGUCAUUAGCGAGAUCUCAACAUCACAGCGUGUACGUAGACCCAAUACCUGGAAAUCGAUGUAGUGCAGGAUGCGUUUCACCUGGAAUAUGUCCAUUAGGAUAUUUCAGACAAACGAAAUAUCCUUUCGAUUAUUGUUGUUACGUGGAUGAAGUUGCAUUCGGCAAGCUAUUUGACUCGAAAGUUGCAAGUUUAAAGAUGUUGGAUUGUCGAAAUCGAGAUAUCUUGAAUUUUGAGCUGACUGCGACAAAAUCGGAUACAGAGUCGAUUGAUUUCAGUUUCAGCAAAUUCCGAAACAAAUUGCCAGAAAUUCGACAUAAUUUCCUGAAAUAUUUCACUCAAUUGAAGGUUUUAACUCUAUCUUCUUCCAACGUGAAUCAUCUACCGUCAGAUUUUCUUUCUGCUCACACUCUAUUGGAGGACCUUUAUCUCAAUUGGAACGAUAUCACCGAAAUACCGGAAAACUUCUUCGAAAAUAAUCCGAAUCUCGUAAAGAUCGACUUCACUGGAAACAGACUAGAAUCAAUUCCGGCAAACUUAUUCAAAAGAACGCCAAAUCUCGACGAUGUCAAUCUAAGCUACAACAAUCUUCAACAUAUAACCUCAGAUACUUUCAAAUUUCUAACAAACCUUCGAUAUUUAGACCUCUCUUACAACGAAAAGGUUCGAUGCAUAAGCUCUAAAGUCUUCAAAUUCAACAAAAGCUUAGUCCAUGUCAGCCUCAACGAACUAGGAAACCGUGUUCACCGGGGUCUACAGAAGACUUAUUGCAGUACGAAAUGCCGAUAUAAUAUUGCCCACUUGAGAUUUCAGCUCAUAAUUAAUGAGCGCGGACGCUGGCAGACAAGGUUGGGUGCCAGCUGUAGUGCAAGAUGAUUUAUUUGAGGAUUGAUUUGCUUGAUAUUCAAGUAGAUUUAUAUGUAAAUAGUUCACAUACAAUUUGUAUAUAGGUUGUUAUAAGUGCAAGGCAGCUUCGUUUUAAUUUAAUUGCAAUAAAUUGAAAAUUGUUGUUUCUAAUGGUUCUCAAAAUAAUUGAUCAAUCAAAUUGUUUCAUAAAAAAGUGGGUUUCUAGCAAACAAUCAAUCUUAUAGGAUAGUUUUGUGUAGUCCAGGUUUGUGAAUAUUCCUUUUGAAAUGCAACGUCUCGUGCGCUUCAACAAAUGUUAGAAUAUUAAUUUCAGAUAUUUUGUUGAUAGAGUUACAAAACAAUAUCCCCUUGCUAGAUUGUUUAAGAUAGCCGUCCUUUGAGUUGUAUGUGUUGUGUUACCAACAUGUUGUUUAAUUAAUAAAUUUCGACAUUUUUCUUCCGUAAAA